AUGACAGUGGUUACCACCAGGUCGCCUGUCAGUAGCAGCACUUCUGCGUUUUCGCGAUCGUCCACGGAAUGGGAUAACCGAUUAAAGACUAUCGUUUACAUCCUCGCAGCGGGUGGCAUCGCCUUCGCGCUCUGGUUCGCCACGUUCGAAGCUGCCGCGCUCCUUUUGCAUCCCAGAAAUUACGCCUCGCGUUAUUUCGGGAUUCACAUACUUCGUUUCACGCGGGAAUCGCGGCGGAAUUCCGCGGGAAGAUGGGUAGAAACAGCGGGAACAGACUGGCGGCCAAUUCCAGACCGACACGUGGCGGAGAAGGCAGUAACCAUGUCCGUGCUGGCCCUUCCGCAAAAUCCGCUCACGAACCGCAAGAGAACCGCCAAAAUAGCGCUACUGUUUCUAACGGAUCAAGGCCUCCUGCCUCUAAAGCGCGUAUGGGAUCGGUUCUUACAGGCGGAGCUCAAGGGUUCCGUGGAGCGCGAGGGCGACAACAGCAAAUUCUCUGUCUACGUGCACUCGGGCGGCACCGAAUUGCGCUAUAACGCGGACGAAGGCCGGUUCCUUAAACGAAAUGACAUCCCCAGCCUUCCGGCGCAAGAGGGCGCCAUAACGACAGUGGAUGCGCAGAGGCGGCUGCUGGCGUGGGCGCUGCUCGACCGCGACAACCACUUCUUCCUCUUUCUCCACCACACCGCCAUCCCCAUUGAGAGUUUCAGCCGCAUCUACUCGUCGCUGCUGCACUCGCGCCACUCCUUCGUCGCCAUGGCGGACGAUCCGACGGCCUAUCCGCGCGGCCUGGCGCCGCUGGUUCCGCAGCACAAGUUCGCGCGGAGCUCCAAGUGGGUGGCGGUGAACCGACCGCAUGCAACGGCCAUCGUGGCGGACAACAUGUUCUACCGCGCCUUCAAGCUGCACUGCCCCGGCACAGCAGCAGCAUGGAACACCACCAAGAGUGGGGCGCCCUCUGCUUCCUCACCUGCAGCACACCCACCAGCAUGCCGACCGGACGAGCAUUACAUCGCCACUUUCCUCAGGACAGUAGACCCCGAUGGAGUGGCCAACUUCACCAUCACCCACGAGCCCCACAUGACCGCUGCUGCUGCUGUGCACACUCGCAUGCGGGAAGAGGCACUGCAGCUCAUGCGCAAGCGGCGGCGGCAGCAGCGGCGAGAGGAGGGCGACAUGAGGCGCGCAGGAGCAGCAGAGGGGCAGGGAGGGGAUGGUGGGGUGUGGCAGGGGCGGAGGAAGAUGCUUGAGCGGGUGGGGGAGUGGGAGGAGGUGGAGUACGGUGCUGUGAACAUCACUUCGAGGUUCAUCCAGGACAUGCAGGAGGCAACAACAUAUUUCCAUAAAACUGCAGAUUCAGUUAUCAGCCCCACAACCUGUCGAUGGAAUGGCCAACCCAAGCCAUGCUUCAUGUUUGCUCGGCCGUUUCGACCAGACUCUGCCGAUGAGAUCAUGAGCAUUUUACCAAAUGUGCUCCAUUAUUGA